AUGUGUAUCCACGGGAAAAUCCUCAGUUACAGUAUUUUGGUGUCAGCUGUCCCCAAGUGGGCCGACACCGCCUCCUCGCGGGGAGGGCGGCGACAGUCCUUGCCUUGGUCCUGCGCCGCCGCCUCUCCAGGACUCCCGAGCCCUCUCCCGCGGGGACCCUCGCCCUCCUCGCACCCCGUGAGCUCGCCCGCCGCCGCUUCGAGUGCGUCCAGCAGCAGAAAAGUGUCCUCCGCGGGCUCGUACACGUCGCUGAAGGCGCCGUGGCCCACAUGCCCGUACAGCGGCGUGGGGAAGCUGGGCGCCGCCAUCUUUUCCUCUUCCGGCCGGCGCGCGUGCGCCAAAGUUGCGCAUGCAAAUUUCCUGGGAUUCAACCGAGAAUGGAUCAGCAGGGUUGUAAGUGUAUUAACAGAAUCUCAGAAGAUGGUUAAGCUGAAAAGACAGCCUUCAAAAGACUGCAUUCCAGCAAGAUCAAUUAACAGUUUAUUCCAUCAGCCAUGGGGUGUGACCGAGACCCAGACAUCAUCUGUCAGUAAGUCUAACAGAGGCAGUUUUUCCAGAAGCAGUGGAAGAGACUGCGGGUUGAUUUGUUUUCUUCCAGUGAAACACCAGAUGGAUUCUGUGACUGGCUUUGGAAGGGCCACUUGUAUGGACAACACCUGUCUUCAGACACUGAAAUCACACGCAGGAAGUUGCGUGAGUGGGGGCUCCUCUCUGGCGGCGAUGGAGCGCUUCUCCUUCCGACUGGAACCUGGGGACAGGAGUCGACGAAAAGAAGGUGAAGAAAAGAAGGACGCGGGGGACCCAAGUCUCUAGUGGAACAAGGGUGCUUUAUUCAUGGCGGCGUGUGCUUAUAUAUUGUUAUACAAGGAAGCUUUAGGCAGAAAAAUAAAGUUGAGCAAAAACACCGAAACCAAAUGCAUAACAACAUUAACUAAGGGAAUAACAAUCGUCAUGGGGCCAGAAGACAAUCCAUGUAUUGGAAAUAGGAACAUGACUAAGUAGUUUUACAGAAAAGUAAAAGGUUACUGAAAGGAAUCCACGUAUGCGUUCUGUCUCAUGACCUCAGUCCUGCUCGUUCCUGUUUUCCAGGAACUGAUAAGGAGCAGAGGGCCCUUGAGAAACAG